UAGUUCGAUCCACAGAGCGAACGAAGAGGAAGAAGACUAACGCUCUGAUCGUCCAGUUCGUCUCUUAAGCCAAUGCUCAAACCCUAAUCAGGAUCCCUCCAAUGGCAUCUUCUGCAACAGUUGCCGAUUCGCCGGCCCCGCCGAACCCAGAUAAUAUUCAGCCAUUCUUUGUUAUUCACAAAGCAUUCUCACGGAAAUCUAAGAAGAAAUCACCUCGUGCUGGGAAAGCCAAGAGGAAGAUUGAUUUGUCUCCAUUAGUAUCUAAGAAUGCUAAGAAAGCAGACGAGGAGAGUGUUGAAGAGUGUGAUAGCAUGCGAAUGGAAUAUUUUGGGAUCGUAUGGUCAAAAAUUGAGACAACCAUUAAGAAUGUUUUGAGGGACAUGAACAUUAAUGUAUUUAGUGACAUUCAUCAUUGGGUUCGUGAGUCCUUCAAUACUAUUAGAUCAUCUGGACCACCCAGCUUAACUGAAGCAACUUGUUCGUUUCCCUUUGUAAAAGAUACUACUUUGAAGAAGCUGUUCACUGGGCUGGUUCUGACAAAGAAUAUGGAGUUUGUUGACGAUCUGUUGACAUUUGAAGAUCUUGGCUUACACUUAAAAUCUCAUGGAUGUCACGUGGCCAAUCUUUCCUCGUUAGACUUUUUGGCAAAAAAUGGAAUUGGAGGCUGUUUAAGAAGUUUGUUGAGACAGUUUUUAAUGGUUUCAUUGGAUGCUGCAGAUAUAUCAAUCUUAGCAUCUUGGUACAGAGAGCAUGAUAAGUAUAAUAAUCCAGUUGUUAUAAUAAUAGAUGAUAUGGAGCGAUGUUGUGGAUCCAUCUUAUCAGAUUUCAUUCUUAUGUUGAGUGAAUGGGCUAUAAAGAUUCCGGUCAUUUUAAUAAUGGGCAUCUCAACAAUGCUUGAUGCCCCAAGUAAUGCGCUGACUUCAAAUGCGCUACAACAUUUAUUCCCUUGCAAGUUUAUUUUGGGAACUCCAGCUGAGAGAAUGGAUGCAGUUGUUGCGGCUGUUCUCGUUGGUCAGCCUUCUACGUUCAGUAUUAGCCACAAGGUGGCAGCUUUUAUGAGAAACUACUUUGUUAGCCAAGAUGGGACAUUAACUUCUUUUGUUAGAGCCUUAAAGAUAGCUUGUGUCCAGCACUUUUACGUGGAGCCUUUGAGCUUUGUACUUAGAGGAUUUCUUCUUCAAGAAGAUUGUCAGGAGUUCCAAGUUGAGACAAAUGGUUUACUACCAGAAACAAUGCUUAAGAAGGCUUUUGACCUUCCAUCUUGUGAAAGGAAUAAAAAGGUUUCACAGACGAGUGAAAAUUUGAUUGAUGGUUUGUCUGAACUUAAGAGAUUGCAAAAGCUAUGGAGCAUUGUGGUUCUGUGCCUGUAUGAUGCCGCCAAGUAUGGUAAUAUUCGACUUUUGGACAUACUUUGUGAGGCACUGAAUCCUGAAUUGUACAACUCAAGGGGUACUGAUGCUCAAGCGGAAUCAGAAAAAGAUUCUGGAAGAUCUCCUUCUAAUGGCUGUUUCAUGGAUAGGCAAUAUCCUAGCUCGAGAAAAGAUGGUUUUAUCAACAAGGUCGUUCGCAUAGUGAAGGAUCUUCCAAGAUCGCAGCUUUAUAAUUUGCUAAAGAGCUGGGAAGAACGUACUGCAGACAUAAUUGAGAUCCAUGAAGAUGUGAAGGAGUUGCUAUUUACAUUAAAAAGUGAGGAGCACAAGCGUCAGAAACAACGUUCAACUAGCGUAUCCAAGAGGCAUAUAUCUCGUGCCCAGUUGAAUAUGGAGAGGGACUCGCAGGUAACAAAUGAGAAAGCUGCAACAUUAAUAGAUCGCAUGAUUAGGGACUAUAUGCAUCCUCUUGAAUGUGUUCCGUUUCAUGAAAUUAUUUGUUUCAAGAAUGUUGACAAGCUUCAACUGGCUUUAGUUGGCGAUCCAAGAAGAAGGAUUCAGGUUGAUCUUUUGGAAUCGCACAAAAUCCUCCAGUGUAAUUGUUGCAACAGGAAGGGAAGUACCUUAUUGCCAUCCAUGCAUGAUACAUCGAUCAUGUAUAAUCUGGCACAGGAGCACGGUGACCUGAUCAAUCUUCUAGACUGGUACCAAUCUUUCAAAUCAGUAGUUCUUUGUCCAGGUGUUAAGAGGAAACGCAAAUCAAAGCAGAAAUGCAAAGAUAUGAAUGAACCUCAAAAACAGAGUGAAGUAUCAAUUCAAGCAAGAUAUUGCAGGGCAGUUACAGAACUCCAGAUUACAGGGCUCCUUAGAAUGCCAAGCAAAAGGCGGCCGGAUUUUGCACAGAGAGUAGCCUUUGGAUUAUAAUGCAAACUCCGGCUCUGGUUCACCUGACCUUCCCACCUUUAAUGUUGCUGGUAUUAGUGCAAGUUUCAAUUGUAUUUGUUUCUGUAUCAUGUGUAUAUAGGUCUAUAUUAUAUAAGUUGGAUAAGAAAAACAUAUUGUAAUUUUGAGAUCUAUAUAGAAAAUGUUACAGAAACCUUCAGUUAAGAAACAGACUGGCCAAUUCUAAUG